ACGUUCACGAGUGGAGCGUUAGUGCGGAUGUGCGGCUGCGCGUUGACAACAUUGUUUGGCAGAAGUCAGUAAAUUAUUUAUAGCGAAUAUUUCCGGCUAGAAUUCAUAAAACGAAAGAAAAUAAAUAAAAGAAUUUUUAUUUACGGCACUGUGCUGCAAGUAUUGCUAGUUUUUGUGUAAAAAAAAAAUUCUGCAAUCAAAUAUGUACAUCUGUAUGUAGGCGCCAUCGCAGGUAUAUCCUGUGCGUAGUUUUGCUGCAAUAACUUUGUUGCUGUGCAGUUUUUUUAUACGAGUAUUCAUCACUUUUCCUUUUUCGUUCGUUUUGUGCGUGCGAUGAAUACUUCGACGGUAUAAAAUAACUUACAUACAUACAUAUAAAAUUUAAUUCAUACUAUUAUUGUGGUGUUAAUGUGUGUUGUUACUUUUUAUGUUGCAUAUUAGUAUUUUGUGUACAUUUUUGUUUGUAUGAAACUGUUUUUUUAUCGCAAAUGCCGUAGCACUGCGUUGCGAUCGGGGACGCAUGCGUAACGUUUUGGCUUGGAAUGUAAAAUAAUUUGGCGCAACCAAAAGCUAUAACUAUCGCACCUGCAAAGGCAACAACAGCUACGAUUCUGCGCUUGUGACUGAGUGUGGGUAUUACAAGUUUCACACAUGCCUGAUAAAGGCGUGAAAACACUUGGGGCGGUAGAUCAGAUAGUCUCUAUUCUCUACAUUUGAAGUGAAGUAAAUUUGCGUGACGUUGGAAGUGGUUCGAAUGACUGUGUACUUUAGAAUUACAGUAAUUACAUAAUUGUAUGAGAUAUUUUAGGCCAAUAGCAAAAUGAGCCGUUUGCAUGAAAUAGUGCAUCCUGUGAAAAAGGAAUUUCGUCGAGAUAAGUGCGGAUUCGAUCACACGCCGGCGGAUGAUUUUGUAAAGUCACAAUGGCAGAGUCGCACCAAAAGUGUUGCAUAUUUAAUUUAUCGUUGGCUUAUUGCGCUGUUUUUCACCGCCGUCGUCAUAGAUUCGAUGCUCGAGAAAGAGGAGGGUUCAUCGACGAACUUUUGGCUGUACUUUAUUUACCUGACAAACUGGGGUGUUAUGCUGUGUAUGCUUACAAAUAUAUUGGGUGCAAUAUUAGUGACCGCAUGGCACUUUCAUCCCGAGUACGCGGAUAAACUACUGAAUCUGGAGUCACUGACUAGUCCAUUCGUUAUUUAUUGGAGCAUGCACAUAAUUUCUCUAGUCCUUUCAAUAGUGAUAACCGUAAUUUACUGGAGCGUUCUUUAUAAUGCUGCAGAGAGUUCAUUAAACGCCACCAAUGUGCUGACACACGCCUUCAAUUCCAUUUUCAUGUUCAUAGAUUUGCUGAUUGUGGCGCAUCCACUACGGCUGCUACACAUGUUUUUGCCAGUAUUGUUUGGUCUAAUUUUUGCAAUAUUCUCUGUAAUAUAUCAGAAAUGCGGCGGCUUGAACAGGAGAGGUAAACCUUAUAUUUAUCACGUGAUCGAUUGGCGUCAACCGUUGAGCGCGACCUUUGUAGUGGCUGGUGUACUGCUACUUACCUGCUGUAUCUACAUUGUGCUCUUCACCAUCUAUAAGUUGCGCACUUUACUCUACAGACGUAUCAACAAAGCAUGCUACUAUUUCCCAACAACAAUGCCGAACACUGUGAGUGCAGGUGUAGAAAAGUCAGCAAAUGGCACUUUACCUAAAACGGUUAAAGGCACCGGUAUUCAACACUCACCUUCGGGCAUCUCAAUGGUAUUGGGCAAUUUCAAUGCAACGACUGGCUAUCAUAAUCAGGUGUUUACGACAAGCAACGAGAAGUUGGAUAAGUAUUAAGUGGUAAUUGGGGGGAAAUAGGGGAAUUUAGUGCAAAUAUCUACAUACGAGUAUGUUGUAGUAAAUAAAAGUAGUUAAACACUGUUUUAUUUGUACAUAAUUGGCAUUUAAAUAAAACUAGCGGUAGUGUAAAAAUGUAA